UAUGCGCUGUUAAAAUAACACCAGCUUAUUUUCCCAUUUGCGCUGUCCGCUCAUGAUAAACGUCGGCCAGCUGAGCAAGAAAGAAAGAGCGAGAGAGAGAGAGAGAGAGAGAGAGAGAGAGGGGGUUGCAAGCAACCAACACAUCAUCUCUCCAUUCCCCUUCCCUCGCCUCCUUCGGGCCACGCCGAGCAGCAGAUCAAUAUGGGUUUUAAUUGAGGAGCAUGUGUAUCAUUCUUCCUUAGUUGUAGUAGUUGGGAUCUGUUGGGAUUUGUCCCCGAGGAAGAAAAAGGAUUACAAAGAGAGAGCGACAGAGACUGUGAAAUAGGACAGAAUAUAUAGCAGUCGCUUCUUUUAGUUGUGUUUGUUUAAACUCCCGGAGCGGAGCAUAUGAUACUUGUGCGUCGUUGCAUGCACUUCUUUUCUGGGGAUACCGCGUAAUAUUUACGCGCUGUGAAACACCGAGCUGGAGCGACGUCUAUUCUGUCCUGGACGCACGAUGCUGAUCGGCACCUCUGCCCAGGGCAACCCCCUCCUGGCCUCCCUGCCUGUUCCGGGACGGCCCCUGCAGCCCCACCUCGACCUCAAGCACUUCCUGCCCUUCAGGCUCAAUGGAUCGUCCCCCCUCAGCCUCUUCCCUAACUUCAGCACGAUGGACCCGGUGCAGAAGGCGGUGAUCAACCACACGUUUGGCGUCCCUCAGCCACUCAAGAAGAAACAGAUCAUCUCCUGUAACAUCUGUCACCUGCGCUUCAACUCCCCGAACCAGGCAGAGGCGCACUAUAAGGGGCAUAAACAUGCCCGGAAGCUGAAAGCCAUGGAGACCCAGAAGAACCGUCAGCGUCGACUUGGGGAAGCUACGACCACAGGCAAGGAGAGAGACCGGGAACGAGACCGAGAACGGGACAGGGAGAGGGCUAAGACUGCUGCAACUGUUACACUUCCCACUGAGACCCUCCCCGCACUCAUGGACACAGGCCCGAUGGAGGCAACGAAUUUGCUGCCUGCUGACCUGGAGCGAGUGGUGAAUUGUGAGGCUGUGAAGCUGGGCAAAAGCCCCGGCAGCAGCAGCUCUGUGAUGCUGACCCCUGUAUCUGAGGUGUCCUCCAUGGAGCUGGCCACCCUGUCCCCCGGGCCCCAGGGAGAGGUGUCCCCCUCCUCACAGGCCUCAGAGAGCGGAGCCUCAGACACCAGUGGUCCCGAGCAAGGCCCAGAGGCCCCUGGAACAGCCCUGGAGUCAGUUAGCCAGCCGGACACUUCCAGUACAGAGGGGGGUGAGGAUGACAAGGACCCCAAGAGGAUCAAGCCACACCUCCACUGUCCCGUGUGCAAGGUCACGGUCAACUCUACAUCUCAGCUGGAGGCACACAACAGUGGUACGAAGCACAAACAAAUGCUGGAGGGCCAGAGCGUCCAGCCGCGGCGCCGGGGGAAGAUGGCGGGGGCUGGGGGGCGCUCGGCCUGCAAGAGCAAGCGCCUGGGCACAAAGGGCAGCGUGGGGGUGGCCAGCAAGAACUUCCACUGCGAGGUGUGUGAGAUCUACGUCAACUCGGAGACCCAGCUCAGCCAGCACAUGAACAGCAGGAGACACAAGGACCGUCUGGCAGGAAAACCCCCCAAACCCAAGUUCAGUCCCCACAACAAGAGCCAGCCUACCUCCAGCUUAUCGACUGUGAGAUGGACUGGGUAUGCAGGCGGGGCUGUGUCUGCCAUGAAGAAAAUGUUCAGCCAGUACAACCUCACCUCUCUCUCUACUCAGACCAAACUGGCCUUCCAGAAGCAACUGACCAGGAGCCUGACCACUGGCUUCCUGCCCAGCCCCCUCACCCAGCCCACCUUGUGCACCAUGGCAACCAAUCCUCUGGCUCUGCGCCACCCGGCGGGCACCACCUUCUUUCAGACGCCCUUCCUGAGCCCCACCCUGUUCCGGCCCGCCCCGGGGCCCCUGAGGGCCACGCACCCCUCCAUCAUCUUCUCCCCUUAUUAAUGAUACAGUACAGCCCCCCGUCCCUCUGUCCCCCUCUACCAACCCCCUUGCCCUGCCUCCAUUACUGUGACCCACAUGACAAGGGCCACGCCACGCACAAACUAUGCAGACCACAGAAACCAGGAUGGAGAGAACAGAGAACGAGGCUAACAACUGCUCAUGUCAUGGAGGACACACCCCCAAUGCCAAGGCCCUGCCUCCUCUCCACCACACCCUAUCUGUCUGCUCCUUCUUCUGUGGUUGGUGGCCUGAGGAACAGGACACACCUCCAGGGACAGACUGGUGCAGCCAGGAGGCCUCUCUCUUACACAGCCAUUUCAUGGGUCGAUUUGGUUUGGAUUCUUAAUAUUAUUGUGUAAUUUAUUAGAUAACAAAAAUAUAUGUAUCUGUUUAGUGUGGUUGCCACAAAUAAGGUCCCUUUACGUCAUGCUCCUCCUCAGAACAUUGUUUAUAUUAUUGGUUGGCUUGCUUUUUGUUGUUAGGGGUCGAUAUAGGGGAUGCUAGCAGGUGAGCCCAAUGCUCUCUGAGCUUGUGACUUUCUUCAGCCAUAUGUGGCGCUGCAGAUCUGCAGUCCUACGGACCCAAGUCUAUGAGUGGGAUCUGUCAGAACUAUAUGAACUCAUAUUUUUCCACCAAGCCCCUAUCUCCCAAACCGUUACUGGGCUCUUGUCAUUGGAACCCAGAGCUCUCAAUUGAUGUGUAGAAUAGAUGAUUAAGCCCUUUCUCUCCCUCUUUCUUUUUCUCGUUCUCUCUCUCUCUGAGUCACAGCCCAACAUGGCCUUUCAUAAUUCAUUUUUUACCCUGCAUCCCCAGAAUUAAGCACUCAUUAAGGUCCUGAAAAGGUCAGCUUGUCAACUUGAUUUUGUCUCAAGUUGCAGAUCUGCCUUAUUAAAUAUCUUUGCUCCGUAGCAGUGCUGGUGCAUUGGUUCUGACCGUCUCUAUUUCUCUCAUGGCGGAACAGGCAGCACAGAAUCAUUUUUAAAAGCCUAGCUGUCUUAUAUUAUAAUCUGCCAUGGUUCCCUGUAUCCCAGUGAUUUUAUAGUGCUUGAUCCCCCAAUUGUACUCCCUGAGCCAUAGUCCUUAAUUUUCUCUUGAGCUUUCUCAGCAGGAGCUGAUGGAUAGCAGUGAAUGACAAUUUCCCCUUGCUCAAAAAAACCACUAAAGGGGUAGAAAUUACUUGAUGGGUUUACAAUCCUCGAUUUAAAGGUUUCCACUGUGCAGAGAAAUGGGGGGGGGGGGGUGAGAACACAUUUCCCAGAUCACCGAUUGGAUCAUCAGGAAUGGAGGGAAAGAAACAAAGCACAGUGCCAUGGCAACCACAUUAAAAGCACCUUAAACAGAUUUACUUAUGAAAGCAAUGAAAAUAUGUUCUAGUUUUUUGUUGUUGUUCCUGAUGUGAUUUUUCAUAAACUCACGACAGUU